UUCUAGAUUGAGCAAUGUGUAGGGGGAGGAAAGUAGAGAACGUACAACUGGAACUUGACGCAGCUAGCUGGGAACAAGCGUCAGCUUUGGUAAACAGCUCCAUGCUAUUGUUUUAACCAAACCAAGUGUGGAUCAGGGUAGAAGCGUAGGUAUGAUUUAAGAUAGUAACUCAGGAAUAGGAUAAUCAGUAUCUAGGGGUGGGGGUUAGUUAACAUGUGUAUAAUUUAAACUAUAAAAAUCACGAAUCGACUCUGUAUGCUUUGGACAUCAGAUUUGGGUGUAUUAUCACCCCGGUGUCCCGCGCGCUGGAAUAAAGAACCGCAUAUGAUCGCCUCUGUGUGGUUAUAUGUUUUCCUACGCUAACAUUUUUGGCGACCCAGGACGGGACCUUGUGGGCGCAGCCAGGACCCCGCGACCCGAUCACGCUCCAGCCGGCACCGGGUGAUUUCUCGGGGAGCCCAUCGGAGCCGCGACCCUCGCCGCUCACAACGACCCCUGGUGAGAGAAAGUAGGAAACUAUUUGCCUUUGAGUGGGAACAUCCAGAAAGUGGAAGAAAAACUCAGCUCACCUGGAGUCGAUUACCGAUGGGGUACAAGGGGUCGCCCACUCUCUUUGGAAGUCAACUGGCAAAAGAACUGGAAAUCUGGACCAGAGAAGGGCAAGUACCAAGAGACCAAUAUUUAUUACUCCAGUAUGUAGAUGACAUUUUGAUUGCAACAGAGGAAGAAAUGACCUGCAUAAAGGUAACCACUGAGAUCUUAAAUUCACUAGGAAUGGGAGGGUAUAAGGUAUCCAGAGAAAAAGCACAAAUUGCCCAACAGACUGUGAUUUACCUGGGAUGUGAAAUCUCACAAGGGCAGAGAAAACUGGGUACUAAUCGUAUUCAAGCUAUCUGUGCUAUUCCAGAGCCUCAGAAUCUACACGAGCUGCGGAUCUUCCUCGGAAUGACAGGGUGGUGUCGCCUGUGGAUCAUGGACUAUGGACUGAUUGCAAAACCCUUGUACGAGGCUCAGAAGACGCAGCCGUUCACCUGGGGCAAACCACAGAAAGAGGCCUUCCAGAAGUUAAAGGAAGCACUGACAACUGCUCCUGCUUUGGGGUUACCUGAUCUGUCUAAAGACUUUCAGCUGUACGUGCAUGAAAGGCAGCGACUGGCACUGGGAGUCCUGACCCAACAACUGGGAAGCUGGAAAAGGCCGGUGGGUUACUUUUCCAAACAACUCGACAACGUAAGUGCCGGAUGGCCUUCAUGUCUGCGGGCAGUGGCAGCUACCGUGCUGCUGAUACAGGAAGCCAGGAAGCUCACAAUGGGAAGACACAUAGAUGUCUAUGUGCCACACAUGGUAACUACAGUCCUGGAACAAAAGGGGGGCCAUUGGCUCUCUCCAAGCCGGAUGAUGAAGUUUCAGGUAACCCUGACUGAGCAGGAUGAUGUUGCACUAAAAACAACUAACCUCUUGAAUCCAGCUCUAUUUCUAGGUGCCACAGCUGAGGAAGGUCCAUUAGAGCAUGACUGUCUAGAAGUCAUCGAGCACACUUAUUCAGCAAGAACAGAUCUGAAGGAUGUCCCCCUGGAGCAACCAGAGUGGGAACUCUUUACAGAUGGAAGCAGCUUCAUGGAGAACGGAGCCAGAUACGCGGGAUAUGCGGUAACUACAAUUGAUGUAGUAAUAGAGGCAAAAUCACUACCACCUAACACGCCUGCACAAAGGGCAGAACUAAUCGCAUUAACCAGAGCACUCGAGCUGAGUGAAGGGAAGACAGUGAAUAUUUGGACUGAUUCCAAAUAUGCCUUUGGAGUAGUGCAUGUACACGGAGCUUUAUGGAAAGAAAGAGGACUGCUGUCCUCCCAAGGGACAAAUAUUAAACAUCAAGAUGCAGUCCUACAAUUGAUAGAUGCAGUACAAAAACCUGAACAAGUAGCAAUCAUGCACUGCAAGGCACAUCAAUCAGGCAACUCCAAAAUUUGUGAAGGAAAUCGAAAAGCAGAUUGGGCAGCCCGUCAGGUAGCGCGAGAGGUGCAGAAAACAAUGGCGUUGAUACCAUCAAGACUUAAUAUCUCUCAAUUUAAUUUGCCUCCGAAGCCAAACUAUACAGUCGAAGAUGACAGACUAGCACAACUGCUGAAGGCACAGAAGAACGCAGAAGGGUGGUAUGUAACCGCACAAGGGCAAAUAGUGGUACCUCCUUUAGCAAUGAGAGAAAUUUUACAGGUAAAACAUAAUGAGUGUCACUGGGGUGCAGAGGCGUUGGUAAAGUGGUUAAGACAAUACCUAAUCUCAGUACGGAUGCAAACAAUGGCCAAGUUAGUAAUGUCUAAAUGUGAAAUCUGUCUGAAAAACAAUCCCGUAGCUAGACGACAGGCACAGUUAGGCAGAAUUCGGAUAGGAAUAGAACCAGGAGACUAUUGGCAAGUGGAUUUUGCAGAACUGCCAAAAACUCGGGGAUACAAAUACCUGUUAGUAGGGGUUGACACGUUUUCUGGAUGGCCAGAAGCCCUUCCCUGUCGCACAAACCAAGCAAAGAAAACAGUUAAGUGGUUAUUACAGGAGAUCAUUCCCAGGUUUGGGGUGCCCCUAGGGAUAUCAUCAGACAGAGGCCCACACUUCAUAGCCACGGUGGUACAAUAGGUAAGCAAGUUAUUGGGAUUAUCUUGAGACCUCCACACACCAUGGAGACCCCAGUCAAGUGGGCAAGUAGAAAGAAUGAACCAGACACUGAAGAGGCAGAUCAGUAAAAUAUGCCAGGAAGCCAAACUGCAGUGGCCACAGGCUUUGCCGAUCGCAUUGCUGAGGGUUCAGAUAAAGCCUAGGAGUGGGAUGUCAGUUAGUCCUUAUGAAAUAUUGUAUGGGAAACCAUAUGAAUCUCCUAACCCCAAUCCAAAUGUUCAUGUCACAGGAAAACAAGAUGUGUAUAAUUAUGUUCUGUCCCUCGGGAAAA